AUGGUGAAACGGAAAACAGCUCAGAAAGUUGAGGAGAAGAAGGAAGAUGUUGUUUCAAAUGGGGUGGAAGCUGAAAAUAAUGUCAAAAUUAAUGGAAUUUCAAAUGGAUAUCAGAAACAGUUCCGAGAAGACGAGACCGACUCUGAUGAUGAAGCUGUAAGUGAAUUUUGACCUUUGUUUUUGCUGAAUUUAGGCGCGAAAGGACCAAAUUUAUAUUAUACUUUGGGAUUUGAUAGUGAGUUGGAAAGUUCUAUAGUUUCCAGUUUGACGAAUAGUUUUGUUGAAGAAAUUUUCUGAAAAUUGGCAAAACAGAGAUUUAUCUUGCUUAUAAGAUUCUUUUCUUUGCGUUUUAUAUUACUUUUACCUUUUUAUUUCCGAUUUUCCCUUGCCGUAGACAACAAGUUGGUGAACAAUAUAAAUUGCUCUAAAAACAUUGUUUUCUUGGGAGAAAAUUGUCGUAGAUGCUUUUAAAAGUAUCCUUCUUUAUUUUAGGAUCUCCGAAACACAAUAGGAAACGUGCCAUUGCGCUGGUACGACGAUUACGACCAUAUUGGAUACGACCUCGAUGGAGCGAAGAUUGCCAAACCUGAGGGCUACAAAAAGGGCGAGAUUGAGAACUUUAUGGAGCGAAUGGAAGAUCCUGACUAUUGGUACGAUUUUUCCUUUAUUCUUCUGGUUUUAGAUUGAGAGCAGAGGUCAGCUUCUUUGUCAAUUCUUGAGUUGCAUUAUGAUUAGCAUCUGUUUUCAAAAACAAUAUGAAAUUUGGCUGAUUUCUGAUGCCUUUUUUCAGGAGGAAGGUGUACGAUCGCCAGACUGGUCAGAUGGUGACAUUAUCAGAUGAGCAAGUCGAGAAGUUGCAGCGAAUGACCUCUUAUCGUUAUCCAGACCCCACCUAUAAUCCGUAUGAGCCGUUCGAGGAUAUAUACUCUCACAAGAAGGAAAUUCAUCCCAUAUCCAACAAGCCAGAGGAUAAGAGGAGUUUUAUUCCGAGUGCGGCCGAGCGGAAGAUUGUGGGAAGACUGUUGCAUGCGAUGAAAAUGGGAUGGAUUACAAAGAAGGAAGCGCCCAAACCCAAGGAAUCUUAUGAUCUUUGGGCCGCCGAAGACGAUGAGCCCAAGUCGAAGAGGGAGCUGGCCAGAUUACGGAUGCAUUGCCCAGCUCCAAAAGUUGGGAAUCCGGGUCAUGCGGAGAGUUAUAAUCCACCAGCCGAAUAUCUGAUGACAGAAGACGAAAAGAAGAAAUACGAAGAGAUGGAACCCGAAAUGAGGAAACAAAACUUUAUCCCCGAGAAGUAUGAUGCUCUGAGGAAGGUGCCAUUCUAUCAGAAGUUCUAUCGAGAGCGAUUUGAGAGGUGUUUGGACUUGUACAUGGCACCAAGACAGGUCAAGAUGAAAUUGAAUGUUGACAUCAAAGAAUUAUUGCCGGAUCUUCCAAAUCCCAAGGAUUUGCAGCCUUUCCCAACCACUCUUGGAUUCGUAAGUUGCUUUGAAAUUUUUUGUUUGAAUUUUAGGAAGAAAAAUCGAGAAAUAAAAUUGAGUGCACAGUGCAAUAUAGAGAUGGCAAAAAUUUUGCACCGUGCAGUGGAUUUUUUGGUAAAUUUUGGAGUGAUAUAGAAAAUACAGAGAGUUUAGACAGUAUUUGGUCGGCCGUGGCAAAAAUUUGGCAGGUACUGGUAGUUGAAAUUUGUGAGAAAUUGGAGUGCACGGUGCAAUAUACAGAUUGCGAAAAUUUUGCACUGUUCAGUAGAUUUUUUGAAAAAUUUUUGAUUGCUGUAGAAAACACAGAGAGUUUAGUUAAUAUUUGAUCCUGUUUAGCGAAAAUUUGGCAGGUUUUUAUAUAUAAAAUUUGUGAGAAAUUGGACUGCACAGUGCACUAAAAAAUUUUCGAAAAUAUUGCACUGUGCGACAAAAAUUUGGGUUGUAAUUUUAUUGAGAAAGUAGGAACAGAGCAUUUCUGGCAUUUUCAGUCUAUCUCUCAUAAUUAUACUUGUUGUUAAUAAUUUUUCCGUCCCUUUUUACCUAAUUUCCCAAUUUUCAGUACAUGCGAGGUCAUGUUGGACAAGUUCGAUCGCUCACUGUGGAACCAGCGAAUGGAGAACUUCUCGUCUCGGGUGGAGAAGACAAAACAGUCCGAGUUUGGUACAUCCCGACCGGUCGAUGCCUCAAAACUUACAAAUUUGACUCCCCAAUCACGUCCGUGCAAUACUCUCCGGACCCCGAUAGAACGCUGGUUUUGGUGGCCACGGAGUCGAAUAAACUCACUUUGUUGGUGGUGGAAGCGGGUGACAAAUUGAGAGUGCAAAAGACGAAGGACUUUUUGAAGGAAUUGGACGUCGCACAGUGCAGAGCCGACAACCCGGAAGCACCAAAAUGGAGCAGAACCAAGGAUGGAAAUUUGGAAAUUGAGGUUCCAGGGGUAAGAAUAGACCUUUUUGUUGAAGUUUAGAUCGGGAAAUUGUGGAAAAUGGAAGUUUCGGAUAUUAUCCAUGACAAAAAUUUUUGAAAUUUUUACGGGAAUGAGGUUAAAAAUGGAGAAUGAUGAACGGACAAGGGAUUUACAACAAAUUAAAUGCAUUUUUGAAUCGAAAUUAGGAAAAAAAAAUUCUUUUUUUGAUGAAAAAUAUAAUAUUUUUGCUUUUCAGAAGGUCCGUCAAGCCGUGUGGCACAGAAAAGGCGACUUUUUCGCCUCCGUGGGCUUCGAGCCGGGCGCCAAACAGAUUUUCAUCCACCGAAUCUCCCAAUGCAAGUCCCAACAGCCCUUCUCCAAGUCCAAGGGACAAGUGCAAUGUGUUCUGUUCCACCCAACAAAGCCUCAUUUCUUCGUCGCCACACUCCAACAUAUCCGCCAAUACGAUCUGGCCAAAUGCCAACUGCAGAGGAAGAUCCUACCGGGAACGAAAUGGCUCUCCGCAAUGCACACGGAUCACUACGGAAACAACUUGUUUGUGGUCGGACUGGACCGAGUUUUCAGCUGGAUCGAUCUGGAAUUGAGUAAUAAGCCAUGGAAAACCCUGAGGUCACAUUCAUCCGCAGUUCGCGCCCUCACCUACCAUAAAAAGUACCCGUUGUUGGCCACGGUCUCGGAUGACGCUUCAGCAAUUGUUUACCAUGCAAGAUGCCCUCAGGUAAAAUUUUUUUUUAUUGGUUUGUUUGAAGUUUAGGAACUGCGAAGGACUUGGCUGAAAGGAACACUUUGUUGGUUGCACUGUGCGAAUUCCCAGUUAUUUGCUUGCACGGUGCAGAAAUUAGAAAGGUUUAUUUUGCGAUUGCACUGUGCGAAGAAAGGUUUUUUGAUCGAACUGUGCCAAAUUAGCGAUGAAAUUUCAGUUGCACAGUGCAAAUUUGAAAUUUUUUUUGCACAGUGCAGAUUGAAAAUUUUUUUUUGCACAGUGCGGAUUUAGAAUUUUUUACUUGCACAGUGCGUAUUUAGAAUUUUUUACUUGCACCGUGCGGAUUUAAAAUUUUUUAUUGCACAGUGCAGAUUGAAAUUUUUUUUUUUGCACAGUGCAGACUGAUUUUUUUUAUUGCACAGUGCAGAAUGAUUUUUUUUAUUGCACAGUGCGGAUUUAGAGUUUUUUACUUGCACCGUGCGGAUUUAAAAUUUUUUAUUGCACAGUGCAGAUUAAAACUCGUUUAUUUUUCAGGACUUUGACAAGGACAAUGAACUGGUCCCAGUGAAGCGUCUCUUUGGCCACAAACAUCAGCAAGAAGAGAAGAAAUCGAAGGACCAAUUGGCCAUGUUAUCCACCGUCUUCCACCCAACCCAACCUUGGCUAAUCACUGGUGGCCAGGACGGUCAAAUCGGACUUUUCAUCUACUAA